AUGGAAUCACCGCUAGAUUUCACAAAUGAUUUGGAUAUUGCCGUAUUAGAUCAGGUUGUCGAUACGUUUUACAAGGGGUCGGGUGUGCAACAAAAGCAGGCUCAAGAGAUCUUGACAAAGUUUCAAGAGCAUCCUGAUGCGUGGCAAAGGGCUGAUAAAAUCUUACAAUUCUCUAACAAUCCGCAAAGUAAGUUCAUUGGGUUGACUAUCUUGGACAAACUGAUCACUACAAAAUGGAAACUUUUACCAGAGGAACAGAGAGUGGGUAUUAGAAAUUUUGUCGUCGGUAUGAUCAUCACAAUGUGUCAGGACGAUGCAUUGUUCCACUCGCAGAAGAAUUUAAUAAACAAGUCUGAUCUGACUUUGGUGCAGAUCUUGAAGCAAGAGUGGCCCCAGAACUGGCCGGACUUUAUCCCGGAGUUGAUCGGUAGUUCGAACUCUUCGCUUAAUGUGUGUGAAAACAAUAUGAUUAUUUUGAAGCUGUUAUCUGAAGAAGUCUUUGAUUUUUCUGCCGAACAAAUGACUCAGGCCAAGUCAUUGCAUUUGAAGACUUCCAUGUCUAAAGAAUUCGAACAAAUUUUCAAAUUGUGUUACCAGGUACUUGAGCAGGGAUCCUCCACAUCAUUGAUUGUCGCUGCAUUGGAGUCCCUAUUAAGAUAUCUACAUUGGAUUCCUUACCGUUACAUCUAUGAAAGCAACAUCCUAGAGUUAUUGAGUACCAAAUUCCUGAUGUCUGCCGAAACAAGGGCCAUUACGCUGAAAUGUUUGACAGAAGUUUCGAAUUUGGAGAUUCCCCAAGACAAUGCAGCGAUCAAGACCCAGACAGUGUUAUAUUUCCAAAACAGCUUGCAACAGAUUGCGAAUAACGUGAUCCCAGUUACCGCUGAUUUGAGAGCAACUUACUCUACUGCUAGUGGCACCGAUCAAUCUUUCUUACAGGAUUUUGCAAUGUUUUUGACCACAUACCUAACGCGCCACAGAACCCUUUUGGAGGAUUUAUCUGCAAGUGACGGAAGUUUAAGAGAUUUACUUCUCAACUCUCACCAGUAUCUAAUUCAAUUGUCCAAGAUAGAGGAAAGAGAGCUGUUCAAGACGACUUUGGACUAUUGGCAUAAUUUGGUUGCUGCACUAUUUCUUGAAGUACAGCAAUUACCUCAUAACGAGAUGAAUCCUCUAAUGCAAUUAUCAAUGGGAUCUCAGUCCAUCACGAGUAACAGUGGUGCUCUAAACCCAGAGUUUUUGAAGAGGUUCCCUCUCAAGAAACACAUUUACGAUGAAAUUUGUUCGCAACUUAGAUGGGUUAUCAUCGAAAACAUGGUGAGACCAGAAGAAGUUCUGAUUGUGGAGAACGAUGAAGGUGAAAUUGUAAGAGAAUUCGUUAAAGAGUCUGACACUAUUCAGCUGUACAAAUCCGAAAGAGAGGUUUUAGUCUACUUGACACACUUGGACGUUAUAGACACGGAGGAGAUCAUGAUUAGCAAAUUAGCAAGACAAAUAGAUGGUUCAGAAUGGUCCUGGCACAAUAUCAACACUCUGUGUUGGGCUAUUGGUUCGAUCUCUGGUACAAUGAGUGAAGAGACCGAAAAACGAUUCGUUGUUACAGUCAUCAAGGAUCUUUUGGCACUAACUGAGAAAAAGAGAGGCAAAGAUAAUAAGGCUGUGGUAGCGUCUAACAUCAUGUACGUGGUUGGUCAAUAUCCUCGUUUUUUGAAAGCUCAUUGGAACUUUUUGAGGACAGUCGUCUUGAAACUAUUCGAGUUCAUGCACGAAACUCAUGAAGGUGUCCAAGACAUGGCGUGCGAUACCUUCAUUAAGAUUGUGCAGAAGUGCAAGUACCACUUUGUUAUUCAACAGCCCAGAGAGAGCGAGCCAUUCAUUCAAACAAUUAUAAAGGAUAUUCAAGAGACAACAGCAGAUCUACAACCGCAACAAGUUCAUACUUUCUACAAGGCAUGUGGUUUGAUCGUUAGUGAAGAAAGAAAUGUGGCUGAGAGAGAUAGGUUAUUAAGUGACCUAAUGCAGUUGCCAAAUAUGGCUUGGGACGCCAUUGUUGAGCAAUCUUCAGCUAAUCCUGACCUUUUGCUUGAUUCAGAGACCGUCAAAAUUAUUGCAAACAUUAUCAAAACAAACGUCGCAGUUUGUACAUCAAUGGGGGCAGAUUUUUACUCACAACUUGGUCACAUAUAUUACAACAUGCUUCAAUUGUACAGAGCCGUAUCUUCCAUGAUUUCUGUCCAAGUGGCUAAUGAUGGCCUAAUCGCAACCAAGACUCCUAAGGUCCGUGGUUUGAGAACGAUUAAGAAGGAAAUUCUAAAAUUGGUGGAGAUAUACAUUUCCAAAUCAAGGAACUUGGAUGAUGUCGUUAAAGUUCUGGUCGAGCCACUUUUAAACGCCGUUCUAGAAGAUUACAUGAAUAAUGUACCGGAUGCCAGAGACGCAGAAGUCCUGAACUGUAUGACUACAGUCGUCCACAAAGUGGGUCAUAUGAUCCCACAGGGAGUCAUUCUAAUUCUACAAAGUGUUUUUGAAUGUACUUUGAACAUGAUCAACAAGGACUUCACUGAAUACCCUGAACAUCGUGUCGAAUUCUACAAACUAUUAAAGGCGAUCAAUGAAAAAUCCUUCAACGCUCUCCUCGAGCUUCCACCUGCCGCAUUUAAGUUGUUUGUGGACUCACUAUGCUGGGCAUUCAAGCACAACAACCGUGAUGUGGAGGUCAAUGGUUUGCAAAUUGCUCUCGAUCUAAUCAAAAACAUAGAGAAGUUAAACGGCACACCUUUUGCUAAUGCAUUCUUCGAAAACUUCUACUUCACUUUUGUUAGUGAAACCUUCUACGUGUUGACCGAUUCUGAUCACAAAUCUGGCUUCUCGAAGCAAUCUCUGCUGUUAAUGAGAUUGAUUUCGCUCGUGGAAGAAAAUAAGAUUGCUGUACCAAUUUACUCAGAAAGUGAUGCUCCUCAGGGCACUUCGAACCAAGUAUAUCUGAAUGAGUACCUAGCUAACAUGCUUGGUAGUGCAUUCCCACAUCUGGCUAGGGAACAAAUUAUCAACUUUUUGUCGGCGUUGAUUAAGCAAUACAAAGAUCCAUCCAAGUUCAAUGGUACAUUAAGAGAUUUCUUGGUACAAAUCAAAGAAGUUGGAGGUGACCCAACCGAUUAUUUGUUUGCUGAAGAAAAGGAAAAAGCCUUGGUUGAGCAAAAUAGACUAGAUAAGGAGAGAGCUGCUAAGGUUGGUGGUUUGUUAAAACCAUCCGAGUUAGACGACGAUUAA